AUGAGCGCUUGCGGAUGGAAUUAUGGUAAUACAGUACUUUUUCAGUUAGAGGAGCAAAAUGAACGUUUACGGCUACAAAAUUUGAAGUGUACCGCUCAGCUACAGGUGCUCAAAUCGUGCGCUGAUCGAGCAAAGCAUUGGCAGACUUCUGCUCUCUUCUCCAAUUCCGUGACGGGAGCACUGUCUUUAGCGAUGAUGGACCGAACAUCGGAUGACAGCGGUUUAACAUCUGACGAUACAUGGGAGAAAAAGAUAGACCAUAUGAUGAUGGCGCAAUCAGCUUCUGCUCUCGGUAAAGUUCGUAUGCACAGUUCAUCGCAAGGAAGAGGAGAAAAGCAGAGCGACGGAACGUCAUCAACUACUGAUUCUUCACCACGUGAAGAGAAAUUGAAACCAAUACCAACUCCGCGAAAAACAAAGCCUUCAAGGCCACUUGAUCCAAUAACCAUUGAAAGGGAUAGUUUGAACUCGUAUGGCGAGGAAAAUGAUUAUAGAGAGGAUGAUGAGUUUUUCGAUGAAAUCGAUUAUUCGGAGUCUCCUGAAAAGGAUGUUGCCGAUUAUGUAAAUCUGAACGAACUUUUUCUGUUAGGAUCAGAUACCUACAGUACAAUGAUGCAACACCCUCCUGCGCUGCCAUUGCAUAAGCCACCGAGUCAAUGGGAAACCAAAUUAUAUCAAAUAGCAGAACGCUGUCUUAGUACAGUGAUAAAUGAAGAUCAGUUUGCUCAAUGCAGUGGUACUUUGAAUAGAAAUAUGAGUGAUAACACAAGUGACUUGUGCUCCUCUCCUUCACGUGGUUCCGGUGAAAGUUCAAGAUCAUUAAAUCAACAUAAAAGUCGCAUUGAUUUCACUAAUAUCAAGGAAGGGGAUUAUGCAGUACCACCAGAUGCAAAUCAGGAUAUUAGAGCAACUCUGAUCAAUUCUGCUGAACCCCUAGAAAAAUGUGGUUAUUUGAUACAGAUGACUGAUAGCAGACUCAAGUCAUUGAAAAGGCGUUAUUUUGUAUUCAAAAAUGGUUUUCUUACUUUAUACAGAACUCAGAAAAAUCAUUUAAAAGGCGAGGAACCACUGGUUAGAAUUGCAGUGUCCGAUAUUCGUUCCGUCACAAAGCUGGUCAAUAAAAUGGGUUAUGGUUUACAGGUAACGACAGCAAAUAGCGAAUACUGUUAUGCAGCUGAAUCAGAUCGUGCUACUAAUGAGUGGAUUGCUCUUCUAACACGUAGUUUGCGUACUACAACGAUUUCUGAAGUUAGUCAGCGUGCCACAGGGCUUAAUGCCGACAUUAAUGGUUAUGUGAUAAAGGCAAAAUGUGGUAGCACAAGACGUUUUUUCGCAUCCAUAGUAGAUAAUAAACUGCUGUUUUUCAAGAGCUCUGAUGAUCGAGUCCCGUGUUCCCAUAUGUAUCUUCGAGGUGCACAUAUCUGUGAGAAGAUAAAAACUGCUGCUGAUGAAUCAAGUGGAAGUUCUGAUGAGCAAAGUGAAAAUCAUACGAAAGAUUUUGAUCACACUGUCUCGAUUGAGAUUGCAAACGCCGAUCCAGUUUACAUUGUUUUGCGGAGUGCUGAAGAGAAGGAUAAAUGGAUAUAUUUUUUGAAAAAGGCGGCUAAUGAUGUGAUAUUUAGUGGAACUGCUUUCGAGGUACUUAUACAAAGGAUGUUGGCACAAAAUGUAGAUGACGAAGAUUUAUUGUGGAAUGACGUACUUUUGACAGCAUGUGAAGAAAAGCCAAAGGAAACAUUAACAACAAUAUUCGAUGAAAUGCUGAAAAAGAAAGCACUGGAACUUGGUCGAGCAUGUUUCAUGUUUACUUCGGUGUUAAUGAGACCAACAGGGGUUCAGUACCAUAUUGAUCUUGCACAAAAUAUUCUUACUACGGCGAUGUCCAGUGACUUACUCAGAAAUGAGCUUUAUGCUAAUUUGAUAAAGCUGACGUCUGGUUCAAUGUCGUAUGGAAUUCAAGCUUGGAAAUUAAUGGCUUUAACGACACCAUUAUUUACACCCCGACAGUAUUCGCUUUUAUGGUUGCUUCGUCGACACAUCGAAAGAUGGAGUGGAAAAAGAUGUGAUGAAGGUAAUUUUGCAUUAUAUUGUUUGCGUGCUUUCAAUCGUUGUCUGAAAGCACAUGGACGAACAGAAGGACCAAGUAAACUUGAGGCAAUCUCCAUAUUAACACGAGAUCCAACUUCAACUAAUAUGCCACAUAGUAUUCCAGUACUGCUACCAACUAAUGAAUACCAAGUUAUCGAUUUUGAUGGUUCUACGCUUAUCGCUGACUGUUUGUCAACUUUAUGUGUGAAGUGUGGUUUACGACCAGCGCUUCUGAGUGGUUACGCUUUAUACGUGGAAGAUCCCCUGGAACGGAAUUCUUAUCUUUUUCUAAAGGGCAAACAGAAAUUGUGUGACUGCAUAUCACGUUGGGAACGUGAAUUGAUGGACAAUAAAUGUGGACGAGUCACUGAGGAUGUUGCUCGGAUAAAGUUAUCUAUUCGACAGAGACAGUAUUGGAGUCAUCUGGUCUCUUCAGAAACACCGACAGAACGUACAUUUUUGGUGCAUUGGAUGGCGAGUGAAAUUGUUGCUGGAAGAGUACCGUUGAGUAGCGAAUUAGCAGAGGAGCUAGCAGCUGUUUAUGCACAACUCAAGUUUGGAGACAUGGGAACGAUAUCCGAUGAACAAUUCCGUGAAAUUAUAACUUCUUAUUAUCCUUCAAAACUGCUGGAUGUUGGCUGUGAAAGAUUGUUAAGAUUAAAUCUUGAAACAAACUGGUCGCAGUUGCGUGAUACUUCGACAGUGGAUUGCAUUCGCAUGAUACUAGUCGUUUUGCGCAAGUGGCGCUUUUUCGGAUCAUUUAUUACGGAAGCACGAAUGAAAAUGCGUAACGACGAAAGUUUGUUCAUUGCUCUCAAUGAUCAAGGCGUUCAUUUGCUCAGUUUUCGUCAGCUUGAUCUCAUAAGAAGUAUUCCUUACAAUCGACUGGUCUCAUUCGGCGGUUAUCGCAAUGAUUUUAUGCUCACCAUUGAAAGAGUUCUCCCGCCUCAAGCUCAUCCUGAAGAAACAACCCGAGAAAGAUUGACUUUUUCAAUGCCUGCAAGAAAUAUUGACCAGCUGACGUGUCAUUUAGCAGAAUAUAUCCGGUGUCAAAAAUUAAUUUCGAAGCUUUCGAUACGAAAUUCAUAA